AUGGCAUGUUUUGGCGGCCAAUCGGCCCCGUCUCUACGACCUCUACCCGGUUCUCGUCCCGAUCUUCUGAAGCGUUUGAUGUUGCCGCCUGCACUGGAUAUACUGUAUGAGCAGAUAUUCUGGGCAGAAAUAAACACCCUCAGUGUGGCUCAGCUUGAUGAGAAAUUCGUGGCUCUUCUCACCUGGUGCCAUACUGAUACCAUGCAAGGGGGUAUGUUAGAUGAAUACAAUGAGGCUGAUGCCUUCCAAGGGCCUCAAGAAGUGACCUCCGACUUGAAUCGCGUGUGGAAGACAACAGCCGUAUAUGAGCUGAUAGCCGAGGACCACCCACCGCUUGUCCGAUUCGACCACCGGGAUCCAUUCUUUGGGAUCCCCAUUUUGAACAUCCGUCGACGACCCUAG